AUGCCCCUUGAAUUAAUAAAAGAAGUGAAUGGAGUGCCCGAAGUUGAGCUGCUAAGUGAAUUAAACAAAGUAGAUUUCAGAUCUCUACAGCCAGGUUGUGAUUAUAGCAAGAAAUACAUCCAGGGAAAACUCUCAAUUAUCUCUUCUUUAACUUUUGGUGGAAAUAGAACAGCUGUUUUGAAGAUUGCAUUACAAGAACAAGAAAAUUCAGAUUCAGACAUCAACACCAUCAAUGUAUUAUUUUUUGGAAAAUUAGCAAAGGACUGUGCAAAAGUUUUCUAUGAAGGGGACACCAUUGCAGUGGCUGGAUUUUCUGUCUUGUCAGCGUCUUCAUCUACAGGCAGAGACGGUAAACAUUGCUUAUUUUUGAAAGCAUUUGAGGACUUCAGAUCAACUGUUUAUGUUUAUGUUAAAUCCGUAAGAGAUUUUUCUACAGAAUCAAUGUCUUUGGUUCCAACAACACAUUAUAUAUAUACACCCCUGAAUCAACUUAAGGGUGGUACAAUCGUCAAUGUCUAUGGUGUUGUCAAGUUCUUUAAGCCUCCAUAUCUAAGCAAAGGAACUGAUUAUUGCUCAGUUGUAACAAUUGUGGACCAGACAAAUGUAAAGUUAACUUGCCUGCUCUUCAGUGGAAGUUACGAAGCCCUACCAAUAAUUUAUAAAAAUGGAGAUAUUGUUCGCUUUCACAGGCUGAAGAUCCAAGUAUAUAAAAAGGAGACUCAAGGUAUCACCAGCUCUGGCUUUGCCUCCUUGACAUUUGAGGGAACUUUGGGAGCUCCUAUCAUACCUCGUACUUCAAGCAAGUAUUUUAACUUCACCGCGGAGGACCACAGAAUGGUAGAAGCUUUACGUGUUUGGGCAUCUACUCAUAUUUCACCUUCUUCAACAUUAGUAAAAUUGUGUGAUGUUCAGCCCCUGCAGUAUUUUGACCUGACUUGUCAGCUCUUGGGCAAAGCUGAAGUGGAUGGAGCAUCAUUUCUUCUAAAGGUAUGGGAUGGCACCAGGACCCCAUUCCCAUCUUGGAGAGUCUUGAUACAAGACCUUGCACUUGAAGGAGAUUUAAGUCACAUCCAUCAGCUACAGAAUCUAACAAUAGACAUUUUAGUCUAUGAUAAUCAUGUUCAAGUGGCAAAAUUUCUGAAGGUUGGAAGCUUUCUUAGAAUUUAUAGCCUCCAUACCAAACUUCAAUCAGUGAAUUUGGAGAACCAAGCAACAUUGUUAGCUCUAGAGUUUCAUCUCCAUGGGGGUACCAGUUAUGGCCGGGGAAUCAGAGUCUUGCCAGAAAGUAACUCUGAUGUGGAUCAACUGAAAAAGGUUUUAGAAUCUGCAGAUUUGACAGCCGGUCAGUGUUUUGAUGGUAUAUGUCAGUCAGAACAUGAGGACAGCUUUCGGUCUCUUUCAAGCUCUGGAUCAGUAUCACUAUAUGAGGUAGAAAGAUGUCAGCAACUAUCAGCUACAAUUCUUACAGAUCAUCACUAUUUGGAGAAAACCCCACUAUGUGCUAUUUUGAAACAAAAAGCUCCUCAACAGUAUCGUAUUCGAGCAAAAUUAAGGUCAUAUAAGCCCAGAAGUCUCCUUCAGUCUGUUAAACUUCAUUGUCCUAAAUGUCAUGCACUGCAAGAAGUUCCACAUGAGGGUGAUUUGGAUAUAAUUUUACAAGAGGGUGCCACUAAAAUCCCAGAUACUAAACUACAAAAUACAUCAUUAUAUGAUUCUAAAAUGUGGACCACUAAAGAUCAAGGAGAACGAAAAGUAGCUGUUCAUUUUGUGAAAAAUAAUGGUAUUCUCCCACUUUCAAGUGACUGUCUGAUUUUGAUAGAAGGAGGAACACUCGGUGAAAUCUACAAACUCGCAAAUAAGUUUCAUAGUGUAAUUCCUGUGAGAUCUGGCUAUGAAGACCUGGAAGUCCUUGAUCUUUCAGUACCAUUCCUUAUACAAGGAAAAGUACAUCACUAUGGAUGUAAACAGUGUUCUACUUUGAGACCAAUACAAAAUCUAAAUUCUCUGGUUGAUAAAACACCUUGGAUUCCUUCUUCUGUGGCGGAAGUGCUGGGUAUUGUACCCCUUCAACAUGUGUUUGUAAUGACAUUUAUUCUUGAUGAUGGAACAGGGGUACUGGAAGCUUAUCUCAUGGAUUCUGACAAAUUCUUCCAGAUCCCAGCAUCAGAAAUCCUCAUCAAUGAUGACCUGCAGCAAAGUAUGGAAAUGAUCAUGGGCAUGUUUUGUCCUUCAGGAACAAAAAUUGAUGCAUACCCAUGGUUGGAGUGCCUCAUCAAGUCGUAUAAUGUCACAAGCGGAACAGAGCAGCAGAUUUGCUAUCAGAUUUUUGACACCACAGUUGCGGAAGAUCUAAUCUAA